AUGCCGAGCGGCGAGGAGGGGACGGGAUCAUCGAGACACUCGACCGUACCGACACCAGUGGAUGCUCUGGUUAUUGGUCAGCUUGAGGAGGCCGAAUCUUCCUCUAAAUUGCCUCCGAAGCUUUUGGCUUGGGGUUGUUACCCAACCAAAUUGCGUCUCAAUAUUUACUCAAAGACUCACGUCAUCGGAACUAUUGCGUCUUGUCUCCAGGGUUCCCAAGACAUGGAGACUAUAGUGGUGUCUCAAUUUGGCAGGCUAUUUGAGUUGCAUGUUGUUCGUCGCCACAAUUAUGCGAAGCUAAUAAACAGCUUCCUCUGCUGCCAGCUUCUGACCGUUCGCAAGUAUGAGCUUUGGUUCCACUUUGCGACUCAUCCUCUUUGCUUUUCACUGGAUGAGUUUCAACAAGUAACUGGGUUGAACUGCAGACCAUUCUAUGCUGCCAAUUCAGAAGCAGAGGACGAUCCAGGUUCAACCGCGAGCUUUUUGAUACAACGUUUGGUGAAAUUACGUAACAAAUGGCUCAAGCUGACCCCGAAGUAUGUCGAGAUGCUUUGCGACGUAGAGUACUUCUUAGAUUAUCCUUGGGGUAGAGAGUCGUUCUUGAAGACUUUACCGCGUUUGUUGCCGCCUUAUACAAGCGAAGACCCACUGGGAGAAAUGCGGCACCGGUUAUCUCAACAGACCUCAGCUGCCUAUGGAUUCCCUUUGGCUCUUCAGUUGUUCGCUUUUGAAGCGAUGCCUUUGCUGUUGGCAAAGAUUCCCAAUGCACAGUCCACCUAUAAUUUCUUAGUUGACCCUCUCGCUUGCGAGAACACUGUGACCAUUCUAAGUGUCAAUGACAUUGUUGAAGUCGAAGAAGAUCCAGAUGUAAUUACAGACGAGCGUGUGACGCAUUUGGUUGAGCUGAUGGUUAGUGGACAUCAUUUUCAAAUAUCAGAUUUCCCGGGUGGAGACACUUCAUUUGCCCCCAUUCGAGAGGACAAAAAAAACGCGGGCAAAGGUGUGCGUAAGGUGGACCAACCUAAUGAGAAACCCGUCCACCGCCGCAAUCUACGCCCCCGUAAACCUGCUGCAAUUAUAAUCCAGGACAUCUCUUCAUCUGAAGACAAGGAACCAGAGGCUCCUCCUCAACCAUUUAGGUGUACGCAUGAAGAUUUGAAGCCGUGGAUAGAACAUCAGUUAAAACAGCUGGCUAGUGCCUUCCAGAAACAAAUAGGAGAGUUGGGUAGAUACGCGACAAUAAUGAGGAUGCCAAUGCUUUGA